UGACAAUGUGUUAGUGUCUAAUGUCAAAUUAAAGAUCAUAACAUUCAUCAGCAUCAAUUAAGCUACAUAAUUCGAGGGUGUUCUUUUUAAAAGUGCCACGUUUAUUUCGGAAUAUGACUUCAUUAUUCGAAAAGUUCAAAAAUAUGGAAAUGGAUGACAAAAGUGUAAACUUCAACGUCACUGACAAAAAAACUUUUGAUCAAGAAGAAACUUUCUCAAUGGUUUGGUUCAAAUCAAAAUUGACUUCAGCCGAAUUAUACGAAGAACUUUUGAAGCAAAAACAGACACUUAUCAACAAUUUCUUCGAAAAUGGAUACGCUCCGAUGGCAGCUAUUGAGGAAGAGUUUGACUUGGCUUUGGAAUUUAUGAAAAACGCAAAACUAGCAACUGGAAGAGAUAUUUCUAAAUAUUUUGUUAAUGGUCUCAGUCUUUUUCAAUUGCUGAUCGAGUUGUAUUGUUCUUCAUUUGCAAACGAAUCUGCUGCUGCAGUUCAUCCAUCAUUAAAAGAAAUUUUUGAAAUCAUGAAAUUCGAAAAAACUUCAAACUUUCUAACGUCGUCCGGAGCUCGAAAUUCAUCUUAUGGCACUUUAAUUGUUACUGAGACCGCGGAUUUGCAUUGUGCCUUGGAUGAAAUUGUAAAAACUUUCAGAAAUCUCCAUAACUCGUGGCGAAUUCGGAAAAUUCUCGUGCAAGAAUGUGUCAAGGAGAAAUUUUUCACGUUGUUGGAGAAGAAUUUGCCCAAAAUUGAUGGCAUUUAUGGCAAAAAUCGACGUAUUUUGCAAGAAUUUGAAGCAAGUGUAGCGACUUUGCAGGAAAAAGGUGUAAAAUUAACGCACAGAAAAUUAUCAGAUGGAGAUGUUUUGAAAGCAACAUUGGCAUUUGGUGUUCCCAUGAGUCAUUUAAGCCAAGAAAAAGCAAUUCCCGUCAUCGCUGUUGAUACAUUCCGCACUGCGAAGGAAGGAAUUGCACUCGCAAAUAAAGAAGGCAAUGGAGAAUUUGUGUCAGUUUGGUCCGAAAAUGUCACGGAAGCCUUUGAAUAUGCGAAAUUAUUGAAAUUUGCGACUGUUUGGAUUAAUUGUCACGGAGUUUUUCAUCCAAAAAUGCCAUUUAAAGUUAAUUCAAGCGAAUAUAACUUUACUUUGGAUCCAAAGGCACUCACAGUAAAAGCCUAUGUACCCCAAGGUACAAAAGAUUUAAAACCAUUCCCCGACAUUUCACCUCCUUACCAACAAUCGUUCUUCGAAAAAAGCUUUUUUUACACUGUCACUAGUGAGAAACGUGAAAAACUUUUAGAAGUCAUCCCUAAAUCGCAUCCGGAAGUCAAAACGGAAGACCGUUGGGUGAAAGAUGGAGCAACUAUGUUCAAUUACGAGUACAAAAGUAUCAUUGUUCGUUACGGACAAACUUUUGCCAAUUAAUUUUCUAUUUUUUUAAAUAAAUUUUUUUCUACUUUUUAUCUUCAA